GAUACGAAAUGAUUCGCCCGUUUCUCAGUGACCUUACUCGGAAAACACAUUGAAGUGUUUGAAUUUCUUUCACUCGUACCUCAAAAUGGACGAAAUUGAGAGCUUAGAUGUCAGGUGGAUUCAAGGCUUUACAAACAAAAAAAUCGAGUUCAUAAAUUAUGAAACGAUAUGUUUUACGUGUGGAAACCAUAUUAGCUUCCUGAACUUAAAAACAAAAAAGCGAUGUUUAUUGCAGAGUCCAGGCAGAGGUGUUUCAGCUCUGACAGCUGAUGGCAGCAGCAGCAUUUUUGCUUUCGCUGAACAAAAACUAUCCCCAUCCAUAUUUGUGUACAGUUUUCCUGAACUUAAAUUAAAGAAUGAAUUAAAAGGUACGGCCAGACUGGAGUACACAUCCCUCACAUUAAGCGAUAGUGGGCCUUUUUUGGGCUGUUACUCCUCUUUACCAGACUACACCCUGACAGUUUGGAACUGGGAAAAGGCUGAACCCAUUUGUAAACAUGCAGGAGCUGGACGGGACAUUAUUUCUUUGGCGUUCAAUCCCUGGAAUUGGCUUCAGCUUUGCACUUUAGGCCCGACAUCAGUUAUCGUCUGGCACAUUGAGAAGAGUGACUGCAUUACUGCUCUAAAACCAAGGGUGGUGAAGCUUCCCCAAACUGAUGGUUCCUUUGCUGAAAGACCUUCAUACACUUCUUAUACUGUCACCUGCCAACAGGGGUUUGGGAGAGACCCACCCCCAAUUACUGAGACAACACCGCUAACCAGCUCCACGGUAACGCCCUCCGCCGUAUGUUGGACACCCACAUCAGACAUCUAUGUGGGCUGUGUCGAGGGCUUUCUGCUCCAAGUUGACCCGGAAAACCUCUCUGUCUCUAUCCUUUACAACCCCAAAGUUGCUGAUGCUGUUCCUGAACUCACAAAGUUCAGUUUCCAAGGUUUGACCCUUACUAAGAACGGGCUCCUCACCUCAGGACAGAACAAUGAGGUGCACUGCCUUGAGGUCGGAGGUCAGGUCAGCAUCACACAAACCUGGGAGUUAGAGAAACCUGUGGAUGCUGUGAAGCUUUCGCCUGACAAUGACACAGUACUUCUGCUUUCUAACACGGGAGAAAUCUAUAAACUCAAUCCAAUGCUGUCAGACAAGAUUGUCAAGGUUUUGGAUAUCUUCAGUGGCAACUUCCUGGCAGCUGAGUUUUUGAACACUGACAGAAACAUUUGUGUGUCAUUGAAGGACUCUGGAGAACUGCAGCUGUGGUCCUCAGAGGGCUCUUGCCUUGGGUCUUUGUCUCUUCAAGCUGAGGUGACAAGUCUGGCCUGCUGUCCUGUUGCACUUUAUGCAGCUGUGGGUACAGCUUCUGGAAACGUGCUCUUCAUUGACUUGAACGUGCAUGAGAAGCCACGUGUUGUGCACCACGUUCACCUCUACCACACUGCUGUGCUUCAUGCUGUUUUUGAUCAAGGAGGACAUUACCUUUUCACCAGCGGCUCAGAUUCACACAUUUAUGUUCUGGAGGCAAAGCCAUCACGAAAGUUCUCAGUUAUAGGCUACACAGAUGUCUGUGGACGCAUCUUGUCGCUUUCCACUCGGUGUCUCAAAGAAGAAGUGCAGGUCCUUGUUCUGUGUGCUGGACAGGACGACGGCAGUGGUGGUGGGAGUCUGCUUACAGUAUUGUCCUUGCCUUCUAGGGACCUUGCAGGUUCAGAUUAUGUGGACCGUCAUGGCUGUCUGUCUGCUCACGCUCUCAGAGUGCUCACGUAUGAAGUUCCACAUCCACUUCUCUCCUGUUCUCUUGGAGUCAAUGAGGUGUUUGCUUACUGCAACAUGAAGAAAACCAUUCAGAGAUUUCACCUCAUUAAGGACCCAAAGAGCUUUUCCAGUGAAAAGAUUAGGAUUAAACCAAUGCAGGAAGUAGAGGGCCAUCCUCUGGGCCCCGCCUCUCUGCUUUUGUCUCCUGACUGCUUAUGGUUGGCCUCGGUGGGCCAAGAUGGAUUGCUUUACGUCAGACAAACUGAUUCCACGGAGAAAGUCACUGAGCUGCAGUGUCACCCAUGCAACUCUGGUGGAACCCAGAGAGUGUCCUUCUCCACAGACGGCCUCACACUCCUCACCACAGGUUUCAGGGAUGGUUGUCUGGUGUGUACAGAGCUCAGAACUAAAAGUUUGGAUGCAAACACUGAAAAUGAAGUCAUGCGACGCAGGCAGUCCACCCGUCAGUCCAUAAAGAACAUGUUGGGGACUGAAAACACCAUCCUUCUGAACUUUACAGCAUGUGAUCAAGAGGCUCCAUGGUUAACCUACGAGGUCAGAGGUGAAACGUCUCUAGAUGUGAGUAAAAGGGACGAAGGUGAAAGCUGUCAGAAAUCUUCGUCUUCACCCCCCACCUGGUUGGAAAACAGGCAAAAAGAAGUUGUACAAGAGGAGAAUACUCAGUAUUUUCUUGAAAAGAAAAAGCUGAAGGAAACUGUCAAACAGUUAACUGAGGCUAUGCAGAAGUUGAUUGAUGAAAACGAGAGCUUGCCAGAGGAAGAGUUUAGCUUGACUUUGAAGGAGCAGAAGAGACUCGAGACCAUGGUGGAACAGGAAGUUGCUUUGGUGAGAGCCAGAAUUGAACAGGACAUUGUGGAGAAAUCUUACCUGUGUGAUGUCCUAAAGAGGGAAUGCUGGGAUUCUUUGAUGAUCAGACGCACAGCCAUCAAGGCCUUUUAUUCUGAGCUGGCAGUGCAGAACUUCCCUCUCAGGGAGCGAACAGCUGAAGAGUGUGAGGACCUCCGCAGAGUUCAGAGCAUAAGGAAGGUUGAAAAGGCUGCCAGCACUAUUAUCAGUUUGGCAGAGCGGGAGGAUGAAAAGCAGGAGGCCCAGAGUUGUGCUCUGACGGGAAGCUUCUCGGCUCAGCUGGGAUUUUCCAACCCUCACCUCUAUGAUCAGUUCAGCCUGCAGAGCACAGAGCAGAGAAUCAGCCAGAUCAUUCUGUUGCAGGAUGUGAUUUAUGGCAUCAAGGCUGCCUUCAACGCUGAAUUUGCAGCCCUGCAGAGACAAAAGUUGCUGGAGCUUCAACGCGUCAGAGACAACAACGCAUGCAUCAGGGAGAUCAUGCUGAAGCUGGACAGGAACCAGGAGCUAUGGGAGCCAUGCCUGACCGACGCCGAGCAGCCAGAAAACGUGCUCACCGUGGAUGACUCUGAGAUAAAGGCAGAGAUGUUCUUCACCCCAAAGAAGAAAGAAGAGGAAGAGGAGAGGAAGACCCUGGGGGAAGGGAAUCAAUUGGAAGAACAAGUUGAUAAUGGCAGGAAACGAGCAAUUGAUGAAAUCAUAGGAGUUUUUGAAGUAAAAAAACUGGACAUCUUAAAGAUGGAAAUCCCCCCUCCUGAGUUUGUUUUGACCAAAGCUGACACUCAGCUGAGUGAGGAGGAGAAAAAGGCCUAUGAAGAAUAUGAGAAAAACGUGAAAGACCUUAGCCAGAAGAAAGAGAAGUACAGAAAUUCUUUGGAGAGUGAAGUAAGAAAACUGAUGAAAUCCACUAAAGAGGGAACAGAAGGCUUUGAUCAAGCUCUGUGUGAGCUGUUGAAGAAGAGGGUCAAAUGCACAAUAGCUAUAAAGCAGGAGGAACUCAAGAUGGCCUACCUUGUUGAUUCAGUGCUAGAGGACGAAGCAAUGAGGAAUCGAGAGCUGGAGCUCAUGAGUAAACGAGAGGAGAUGCUGGCUCACAAGGUUGAAACUGGGGAGGAGGUGAAAACACACCAGGAUGAAGUGCAGCGGUUUCAGGAGAUGUAUGACAGCCUUGUGACGGAGGACAAAGACCUCGACAAAGAUUUUAGAAAGAACUUUUGCAAUGUUCCAAACAACCUGGUCGAUCAGCUCUACAAACUGUUCAAACGUAGGCCCAGGGGCCAAAGAGUAAAGACUCCGAGCCAAACCCCCGAUGUCCUCAACCAAAUGCUCAAAGCCAUGGAUGAACUUGAUGAGCCAGAAAAAAUGCCAUUUGGCUUAAACCCGUCUGUGUGGCAAAGAUUUUGUCUUGUUCGCAGAAGCAAAGUAGAGAGUGAGCAAAAGGUUAAAACACAGGCUUUAAUUCUUGCUGAGAUGCAGGCUUUUCUGCAAAAGAGGAGAGAUGAGGACAACGCUUUCCAGGAGGAAAUAAACAGCCUCUCUGAAGCGAUCGAGAACCUGCGUAGGAACAGGAACUGUCACCUGAUGGACACCACAGUCCAGAUCAUCCUCAAGCAGGGACAAGUGGAGCCUCCCAUCACAGAGCUGACCUCUGACCCUGCAGACACUCACUUACUUCUGUACCACAAGAACAAGCCGGAAAACCUCAGAAGAAUCAUCAGGACUCUUGCAGAGCAGAAGAUAGCAGUAAUGGAACAGUGGAAGGGAGUCCGCAAGAGGAUCAUACAGCUGGAUUGGGAGCACAAGGUGGUGAAAAAGAAGAUGGAGGACGUCAGCGACAAGUGCAGAGAUGUCAAGAUGCUGCGACUCUCCGAAGAACAACAGGACAUGACUCGUUACAGCGAGUCAGAACAAGGCACUCGCAUUUCACAGAAAGCGUCCAUGUUGGAGAAAAACCUUGCUUUCAUGACGGAGGCUCAUCAACAGUGCAUCCAGCAGUGUGUGAAGGAAAUCGAGCAGCUUUAUAAACAAGCUGACGUGAAAAGCAAAAAGACUUCUACUCUGGAGCUGCAGCUUCCUGACAUACGGGUGGACGUGGCGCAGCUGAGACACGUCUCUGAAGCUGCAGGCCCUGAACAAGAGCAAGCAAAAGCCAAAGAGCGGCACCUGGAGCUUGCUGUGAAAAGCAACUUGAAGGCUCUAGUCAAAGCUCAGGCUGAGGAACUGACAGUCCUUUUAGCGGAAGUUGAACGUCUAACGAAGAAGAACUUCACUUCAGUCUAUCAGCUGAAAUACAGCUGAGUGAAACAUUUUUUUUUGUUUCUUAACUGAGCAAAAAGUUCUCUGUACAUUAAAUGUGCUUUUGCUGUGAAGAACCUGCAACAAAUAAAGUGAUUAAGAACCACUUAA